CGUCGAUCGACACGAGCGUCAUGAAUGUCGUUCGCGAGAUUCAAAAGCUCAACGAGCGAGAGCUGAGCCAAGGCGGUGCUGGCAAGUCUUGGCACGACGUGUACGCCGAUAGUGCCUACAUUUAUAUUGGCGGGUUGGAUUAUCGCUUCACCGAGGGGGAUGUCUUGAGCGUCUUCUCCCAGUACGGCGAGCCCACCGACAUUAACCUUGUCCGCGACAAGGACUCGGGCAAAUCAAAGGGGUUUUGCUUCUUGGCCUAUGAAGACCAGCGCAGUACCAUCUUAGCAGUGGACAACUUCAAUGGUGUCAAGCUUGCUGGGCGCACGAUUCGGGUGGACCACUGCGGCGAGUACGAGGCACCUGAGAUGCGUCUGCAACGGCGCAAGGAGCGCGGCCUCAACGUCACUGAAGAAGAUGAGAGUGGUUUGGUCGAUGCCAAGGGCAAACUCUUGUCAGCUCUUAUGGGCGAGACCCCUGAUGAUGAGGACCAACCUUCUAAUGACGGUUACGAACUCAUUGCCGAGCCAGAAGGUGAUUCGACGCACCGAAAAAAAGACAAAAAGAAGCACAAGAAGCACAAAAAACACAAACGACAUCACAGCGACCGCGACGCGGACAGACACGAAGGAGAGAAGGAUGAGGACGACAAAGUUGAGGCAAGCGGGGAGCCACGCGACGAUAGUGGCCCUCGCUCCGCAAUCACAAGCUCUGAGGUCACUGCUACAAUAGAGCAUUCAGGUGGCCAUGGGCAUCGCAGUCCCGAUCAUCCCGCUGCCGCAGCAGACGCCGAUGCGCAGCGCCAGCAGAGUAACCUUGAGGGGGACAGCGAACGCCGCCAUGCCGACAAUCGGCGGGAUGUCUAUCGUCGGCGUGAGGAUCGUGAUGACCGGAGUCGACCACGCGAGGACUACGACGACCGCCAUGGUGACCGUCGACGAAAUGUUUAUUCCCGGCGCGACGACCGUGAUGGCGACCGCCGGCGCGACGAUCGUGAUGGCGACCACCGGCGCGACGACCGUGAUGGUGACCGCCGGCGCGACGACCGUGAUGGUGACCGCCGACGCGAUCUCUACCGUCGGCGAGAUGAUCGCAAUGAUGAUCGUAGGCGGGACGUGUAUCGUCGGCGCGACGAUCGCGAUGAUCGCAAUCAUGAUAGGAGGCACCGGUGAUAGCAGGAUUGGUCAGAGCAUUGUUGAUGGAUUUUUAAAAUCAGAGGUGAU